UAAUCCACAUUCCUCCAUCUUUCUUGGUUCCUUGGGGCCCAGAGUGUCUUUUUUGGCAGAAUCCUUUUCUGUGUUCACUUCAUCCUGCUGAAAUGGCCGAGCUCAAAGUCUACUUCGAUAUCACCGCUGACGAUAAACCCCUGGGCCGGAUUGUGAUGCAGCUUCGUCCUGAUGUGGUGCCCAAAACUGCGGCAAACUUUGCUGCCCUGUGCACUAAUGAGAAGGGCUUCGGAUACAGGGGUUCCUGCUUCCACCGUAUCAUCCCAGGUUUCAUGUGCCAAGGCGGCGACUUUACCAACCACAAUGGAACCGGAGGGAAGUCCAUCUACGGUACAAAGUUUGCUGACGAGAACUUCACCCUGAAGCACACUGGUCCUGGCAUCCUGUCCAUGGCCAAUGCUGGGCCCAACACAAAUGGAUCCCAGUUCUUUCUCUGCACAGAAAAAACUGCAUGGUUGGACGGGAAGCAUGUUGUGUUCGGUCAAGUGGUCGAAGGCAUGGAUGUGUUGAAGGCAAUGGAGAAGUGCGGCUCCCAGAGCGGAAAAACUUCAAAGCGGGUCGUAAUCGCAGCCUGUGGAAAGCUCUGAGCUACUGCGCCUGCCCUGUGUCCAGCUAACAUUCCUGUUGGAGAUCCUGACCUUUAUUCAGUUCUUGUUGAAAUCAUGUUGCUGCAUUUGACUUUGCCUUUUUGGAAGUUUUUUUUGCAUUAACUUUUUUUCAACCUAAAAUCCAAACUGUUUGUUAAAUCAAAAAGUUGAAUGAGAAAUAAAACUGAACAGAUGCCUUGGA